UUUAAUGGAUAGUGAAAUAGUAUUUUCUCAGAGCAUUGUGCCAAAAUGCAUAAGGGAUUAAGACACUCAAAUGUGUCACUACUAGAUGUCUUCACUUCAAGUGGAUUAUAGCCUAAUCAGCAAAAUUAUUAUAUUUCUCACAUCUGGAAGUUCUUAUAAGCAUAGAUAGUUCUUCUCUCAGGUGCCGUAACUCCGACCCAUCUAUUGCUCCUGUGUUGCUUCUGUGGUCAAAAGAGGAGUAGGAAACCCAACUGACUUCAAUAAACGUCCGUCUUAAAUGUAAACCUAAAUGAAUACCCAAGAAGUCACACUUUUAAACCUCGCCAAAUUGCCUAUAAUAGCCAAAUAAUUCGGACUACUGGCUGUAGCGUCGUGGAGGUAGCGGCUCCACCCGAGGGAUGGUACUGGAUUCCCGGGGUUUGGGAGCGACGCCUCGGCUCCUGGUUCUGGAACGGUGUUGGUGGAACUAUUGGAACUUUCUCUCGUUCUGGAGCCCAACGGACGUGAAAGGAGAUGAGAGCCGCUUUUCUGAGCUUCCUCCUCGCCUGCUUAUUGUGCCUGUUACGCACCACCGCUGAGGAGGCCCAGCUCCCCCGGGAGCUGUUGGAGCGGCUGUCCCGCAGUGAGAUCCGCAGCAUCAGCGACCUCCAGCGGCUCCUGGAGCUAGACUCCGUAGAGAAUGAGGUGUUGGGGGAGAACGAACAGAGGUACCACAACAAGGCCUUCUCCUACAGCUACUCACAGACACACUCCAGACACAAGAGGAGUAUCGAGGAGGCGUUACCCGCGGUGUGUAAGACUCGUACAGUGAUCUACGAGAUCCCUCGGAGCCACGUGGAUCACACCUCCGCUAACUUCAUCAUCUGGCCUCCCUGUGUAGAGGUGAAGAGAUGUACCGGAUGCUGCAACACCAGCAACAUGCACUGCCUGCCCUCCCGCAAGCACCAUCGCACUGUCAAGGUGGCUAAGGUGGAGUACGUGAGGAGGCGUCCUAAACUAAAGGAGGUGCUGGUGCGGCUGGAGGAGCACCUUGAGUGUAUAUGCUCCUCCAAACGACACAUCAAGGAACUCUACGAUACAGACAAUGGCGUAAGGUGAAGAAAGAUGGAUGGAAGAGAGAAGAGUGGAAGAGGGAAGAGAACGUCUUUUCAACAGAAACUUUCACGUUUCUCAGACUGCGAUAUGAACUUCAGCCACGUUGUGCGUCAUGGCAUUGAGUUGAACAAGAGAAGUAGGCAGAGGACAGAGAACAUAUUGUAUAUAUGUUAUAUUCUAUAUCUUCCCACAAGACAAAACAUUGCCAGAAUCUUGAAUGAUGCUUGUGGAAGAUGCAAAUAAGAACUUCGGGAUUAGGAGUGGGUGUGGCUUCGAUUUGAUAAUUGACAGGUGUCAAAUUACGUGACUACGCUAACUGGCAGAAGAAGAGAGGUAGAUUAUUGGAUACUGGAGGACUAUGGGAGUUAUAGUCUUUAUAUAAAGGACUUCUGACUACAAGACUACUCCCAUGAUUUUGGAUUAAAGCGGUUUGGAAUCCUUCCAAUCAUUCCGGAUGCUUCCAGAAUUUUCCAUCGGAUUCCGAGGACAAUGACUGGGAUUAUGUUUUGUACUACAAGAUUCCAAGAUGUACUCUCCUUCUCGUUCUCAAAUGAAAAGCACCUAAAUUAUGUAUAUCCUCUUAUUUUUGUAACCCUCGAUUUCUAUUACUGACUGACUUCCUGAUUAGUUUCUGGUAUGUUAUUCACAUAAAGGAAGGUUUAAAACAUCUGCUACAUCAAUUACACAUUACUAAUAAA